AUUUUAAGUUUCCUUCGCUCUCAGCUCUUUUCUCUCUCCGAUAUAUAUAUAUAUAUAUAUAUAUAUGCUCCCAUCAAACUGCGGCUUCUCUCCUCUUUUCUCUGUGUUUCUCGCACUUUAUCUGCCAGGAUUUAUCGACAAUCUCCACUAGUUUUAUUUCAAUCUUCAUUCUCACUCUAUCGAAUGGGCAUCAUUGUUUUUUGAUGUCAAAAUAAUUAUUUUAUGAGAGUAAUAUGAAAAACGGAGUUUGCUCGUCAGAGUCAAUUAAUGGAAGUCGCGAUGUGUGGAGUUGUAAAGACUCUGAUUCAUCCUCAGCUGAUCAUCUCGUUAUCAUGGUCCACGGAAUCCUUGGGAGUGCAACGGAUUGGAAGUUUGCUGCUGAGCAGUUCGUCAGAAUGCUACCCGACAGAGUGUUCGUUCAUUGCAGCGAGCGAAAUAUGUCUAGGCUCACUUUGGAUGGUGUGGAUGUAAUGGGUGAGAGAUUGGCUGAAGAGGUCCUUGAAGUGAUUCAGAGAAGACCAAAUGUCCGUAGGAUCUCCUUUGUUGCGCAUUCUGUUGGAGGACUUGUGGCAAGGUAUGCAAUUGGGAGAUUAUAUAGACCACCCAAAAGAGAGAAAAUAGAGAAUUCAUCAACUAACAAAUGCGAAGAAGAUACAAAAGGUACACUAUGUGGCUUGGAGGCCAUGAACUUCAUCACUGUUGCUACCCCUCACCUUGGUUCCAGGGGUAAUAAGCAGGUACCUUUCCUCUUUGGCGUAACUGCCUUUGAGAAGGCUGCAAGUUGUGUUAUUCAUUGGAUAUUCAGGAGAACAGGUCGACAUCUUUUUCUUACUGAUGAAGAUGAGGGAAAACCUCCACUUCUUCGACGCAUGUUGGAAGAUUACAACGAUUGUCAUUUUCUGUCUGCACUGCGUGGCUUCAAACGUCGAGUUGUAUAUUCAAACGUGGGCUAUGACCAUAUUGUGGGUUGGAGAACAUCAUCAAUUAGACGAGAUAAUGAGUUGCCAAAGUGGGAGGAUUCUCUCAAUGAAAAAUAUCCACAUAUCGUUUAUGAAGAACACUGCAAGGGCUAUGAGGCAGUGGAAUGUGAGACUAUUUCAACUGAAGAUGAUGGUUCUGACAAGAUAGAAGAGGAGCUGGUGAAAGGUCUCUCCUGUGUUUCAUGGGAAAAAAUAGAUGUUAGCUUUCACAGCAGCAGGCAAAGGUUUGCUGCUCAUAGUGUUAUCCAGGUAAAAGAUCAAAUAAUGCAUAUAGAAGGCGCAGAUGUUAUAAACCAUAUGAUAGAUCAUUUUCUUACUUGAAUCACAAGAGGAUGCAAUUUUAUUUCCGGUUUUUAUCUGAUCAAUUCUUGUAAGGAUAUUUUGAAGUUGUGAAUCUACGGAAACAGUGAUUUAAUCCGAUUCAUUUGUAUAUUAUAUUCAUAAUAGUGUCGUAAGGAAAUAUAAACAGUUUUCACUUAUAGCUGUUGCUGUCAAAUUUUUUGGAGUGAAUUACAAAAGCAUGACUGGAGUAUGCUGAAUAUAAAAGCAGGAAUUCACUUUGAAAAUA